AUGAAAGAAAAAUUGGAGAAAAUAGAUAAAUAUCAUAAGAAAUAUGUAAGUAGCUGUAAGUACAAAAAAAGUAGUGAUGAAAAAAAUGGCAAAGAUAAAUUGAAAUAUAAAGAAGAAAAAAAAAAAAUAUAUAAUAAUUAUUUAAGUAAGGAGAUUAUUAGGAAAAGUUGUGAAUCAUCAGAAGAAACAAAUUCUUCUUACCAUAGUAGAAAUAGAAUAAAAAAAAAAUACAAAGAAGAUAAACAAGAAAAAAUGAACUCUAAAAGAGAUGAUAUAUCUAAUUCAAAUAGCGUAAAAAAUUGUAAUUAUGAUAAAUAUAUUCAUAAUAAAUAUUUAGAAAAUAAAAAAUAUAUACCUAAUGAGAUAAAUCUUAAAAAAGAAAAAAUCAAAGAAGAUAUUAGUAAUAUACCUUUUAAUAAGCACGAAAAAAAAACCAGUGAUACAUUUAAUGAAUUAAAAUAUGAUAAAAAUGAAAAUAAUUACAUCAAAAAAAAAAAAAGGAAAUUGUCACCAAACUCUAGAAAGGAAGAUUAUAUCAGCAAUGAAAAAUUAAAAAAGAAAGAAAACUUAAAAAGAAGAAAAAAGAAUUAUGACAGAAAAUCUAGUAAAAAUAAAUACUUAUCUUUAAGCUCUUCAGAUGAAAAAAGCUUCUCAAGUAAAUAUUCUUCAAGUGAAAAUAGCAACAAUAGUAGUUCAAUAAAUGAAAGUAGUAGCAGUAGUAAUUCACCAAUUGAAAAGAGUAAGAGUAAAAGUUCAUCUUAUAAAAAUAGUAGUAGUAGUAGUAGUAGUAAUUCAUCAAAUGAAAAUAGCAGCCAUAGUUAUUCGUUAGAUGAAAAUAGUUUAAGAAAUAAUUCUUCUAGUGAAUGUAAUUCAAGUAGUUAUUCUUCUUAUGGAAGUAAUAAUUUCUCAGAUAAAGAAAGUAUAUGUAGUUCUUCAUCAGAAGAAAAUAAUUCAAAAAAAAAAAAAAAGAAUAAUGCUCAAAUUAAAAAAAAAAAAAAAAAAAAAGAAAAAGAAAAAGAGAUUAGAAACAAAUUAGACAAAGAGGUAGUUUAUGAUGCUCAUAUAUAUGAUAGUAAAGAAAUGAUAAGAUUAACCAUAAAUAUUUUACAAAACUACAAUUUUUUAAAUAAUUUAAAAAUUUUAUAUCAGAAAUUAGAUAAAAAAAAAAAGAUUUCUCUUGAAAAUGUGAAAGAUUUAAAACUAAAAAAAAAAUUAAGACAUUUAUUUAGAGCUUGGAGAUUAGAAAAAAAAGAGGAAUUUUACAGGAAACCAUCAAAUUUUAGGGAAAGUAUUUUAGAUAUUUUUAAUAGUUUAUUUUAUUUUUUUUUAUCUAAAAUUGAUAUACAAAAGUUGAGAAAAAAUAUUAAUAAAAGGAAGAAUAAUUUAAUAAAGAAGGAAAGUAAGGAGAAUCCUGACAUAAUGAAUGAUAAUAAUGCAUUAUCAGAUUAUUCUACAAAUAAUGAAAAUAUAAAUUAUAAAAAUCAAUUCCUGAACGAUUUACAAGAAGACUAUUCCUAUUUAAUGCAAAAUGCAAAUGAUAAAGUUAUAAGUUUGAGAGAGAUGCAUGAAGAAGGUUAUUUUAAAAAUAGUCAACAAAAAUAUAAAGAAUUUUUAGAAAAACAUAAAAAAAUUGAUUUAUGGGGUAAAAAUGAACAAGAACAAAAAUUUUUAUUGAACUCCAAAAGUAAACCUAAUGAAAGAAAAACUUUUGACAGAGAAACAGAUUUGUGUAUAAAUAAAUUUAUAAAAAAAGAGGAUUAUAAAAACUUAAUAAAAAAUACAAAAGAACAUGUGAAUGAUAAAUUUCAUAAAACAGGUAACAAAAUAUAA